GACAAGCGGGGCGGCGCUGUCGCCAAGCGCCACUCUGCGCAUGCGGGUCUCUACGCUACGUCAGCCUUUUGGUCAGGUUUAGACCUACGUGGCUUUAGAGAACAUAUAGAGCUGCACGGCUAACGUCGCCUCAGACCUUCGUUUACGAACACAGCCAAAGCCAACAUGGAUCAAGUAAUGCAGUUUGUGGAGCCCGGGCGGCAGUUCGUGAAGGACUCCAUCAGACUUGUCAAAAGAUGCACAAAACCAGACAGAAAAGAAUUCCAGAAGAUUGCCAUGGCAACGGCGAUUGGAUUUGCCAUCAUGGGUUUCAUCGGAUUCUUUGUCAAACUCAUCCACAUCCCCAUCAACAAUAUCAUUGUUGGUGGUUGAAACUGUUGCAUCCUGAAGCUGUUUGGACCGUGAGAGCAUGAAGCAGUGUUGGGUGCUGGGACAGGAGUGAAUAUGUAAAUUCAUUGUUCUUUUUAUUUGUGCAAUUUUUUUUGGCUGUGUUAAUAAAUCAUAUAAAACUGUCAAUUCUCUUUUUAAUAAAAAGGCUAAUAGUUG